AUGGCCAACUGGAAGUGGAGGAAGAUGGAGGACGAAGACCAGCUCGACUUCCUUGCCGCAGACCGGGAGAUACCGCUCAAGCGAGCCAGCGAACUGCAAGGCAAAUGGGCGUCCGAAUGGGAUCAUUACUAUCCCGGCUGGAGAUGGGAUGGUGACGAGAUGGCGAUCGCCAACCCCAAGUUCCUCUUAAAUCUGCCCUCCGACAAUGAGAAGAAAGUCAUGGGGUUUCAAGACAAUCUCGCCUGUUCUCUUAGGCACUGGGGACGCUACUCAUUGUCAGCUGAGUCCGAGUGGGAUCACUACUAUCAUCUCGGCCUCGACGAACGCGCAUAG